AUGCCCUCUUCAAACACGUUGUCAGACCGCCUCAGACCUAGCUCGUCCUCAAGCCUUGAGGACACCACUGUCACCCCCUGCUUAGAUACGUUUACAGACUCCAAAGACGGCCCUAUCAAUCCCUCAGAUGCGCCUCCGGGUUCGAACGGUGACACUAGUGUUCCAGCAACCUUCAAAGACCAAACCAGACCGGUGACCGCAGUCGCCUGCUCACCCGGGGGGAUCCUUACUGCUUCAGCACACAACGAUGGAGAAAUCAGAAUAUGGGAUUCGAAGGCCGGAUUGCAAGUUGGACAGUCUUUAGACGGGGGUGUGAGCAGCGCAUUUGCAUUCUCCCCUGACGGUACUUGCCUCGCCAUUGGACCGUUUCAAUUUGACACAAACAUUCGCAUUUACCUUCAUGUUUGGGACCUUACAACGCAGAAGUGUGUCUUAGGCCCUCUCAAUCUGGGAAGGAACAUGAAUAGUUACUUUACCUCAGUCCAAUACUCCAUGGAUGGGGAAAUCAUCGCCACUACAUCGGCAGAUCGGCAGCUUCGGUUAUGGGACGCGACAUCGGGAGAGGUCAUCAGCAAUAUGGAACAUCCAGCUAUUGUCAAACGCGUAGCCUUCUCUCCCUGCGGAAACCAGGUAGCAAGUGCUUUCACCGAUAAUGUUGUACGGGUCUGGGCCGUGGCCACGCAGGAACUCACCCUUCCCCCUCUCGCUAGGCACCAUUCGGAAGUAGGUAUGGUUGCCUAUUCGCCGGAUGGACGUCUGCUGGCGAGUGGUAGCGCGGAUUGGACUGUUCGUUUGUGGAACGCUGGAACUGGAGAACCAUUCAAAGAGCCUUUGAGAGGACACCGGCUACCUAUCACGGACCUCGUGUUUACUUCAGAAGGACAGGUAGUACUCAUCAGUGCGUCGCGGGGCAAGAGUAUACGCGCUUGGGACCUCAAGACAGUUGCCUGCUUAAUGUAUACCUCUAGGAUGGUCACAUCGUUGGCGUGGUUUCCUGAUGGAUCCCAAUUUGCAAGCGCUGGUGGUGAUCCUACUAUCAAAAUCUGGGAUGGAAAAACGGGAGAGGAAUCAAACCAUCCCUUUCUUUAUCACAGCGGGGACAUCACCUCCGUCGACAUAUCUGCUGGCGGCUCGAUGCUGGCUAGCAGUUCUAGUGAUGGAGAAAUCAGUGUGUUCGAUACCCACACCAAGGACCUUGCUUGGAGUCUCACCAAAGAACACACAGGACGUCCCGUAGUCAUCAAGUUCACGCCUGACGGUUCCCAGAUUGUCACUGCUGGUCGCGAUCGAACCGUACGAGUGUGGGAUUCACAGGCAGGUCGCCUGCUCAGCGUCAUUGACGGACACAGCAGCAAUAUCCACGCUCUCAGCAUCUCAGCCACUGGUACUCAUCUAGCGACCGGCUUAGUAGAUGGUACAGUAUGCAUCUGGGAUCUCAUAACAAGGACUCUCAUAGCGGGGCCAUACAAGCACAACGACCACGUUCAGACAGUAUGCUGGGCGCCCAACGGGGAAUACAUACUCAGUGGUCAUCACAGCGGAAAUGCCAGGGUUUCGAGCGUCUUGACCGGAAAUCAAGUGCUCACAGUUCACGAGCACGUAGUGACUGUGGCGUCCUUCUCGCCGGAUGGAUCACGGGUUUUUGGUGGUACGGUUAACGGGUUUAUAAGAGUUUGGGAGACAGCAAGCGGUAAACUACUCUUGGGAAAAGUACGUCUACCAUCGAAGUCAGUUCUGUCACCAUAA